AUGGAAGCCUUGGUAUAUGAGAAUUCGCCUUUGGCCGAAUACUUGCGAGGAGAAGCUGAACACAAUCCGCACUGGACGGUGAAAGAAAGCGAAAAUGGAGACGAUCUAUCCGACUCUACGGCUGCCGAUUUUGCUCCACGCGGCGCGUCCAAAUUCCAGAACCGGAUCCGCAAUAAGCUACCAAAACCUCUCAAUCUCAAGGCAUCACGUCAAACUGCGGCUUUGAGUCGACUCUACGAUGCCUGCGCAUCCGCUUUGAAUUCACGCCUAGGACGAAGUGAUAAUGAGAGGUUUUUGGAACAGUUCGGCUAUGUCAUCGUUGCGUCGCAAUUAUUGAACGAACACAAUGCACCCUCGUACACCUCUGCUGCUGAUGUGCUAUCUAGCUCGCAUCCAGCUGAUCUACCCUCGAUUUCUACAACGUUUGGUCUACAAGGCGCUUUUGUGACUGCUUCAACCUCCUUCUCGAUCGCCUGGCUAAUGCACUGGAGUCGACCUCGCACAGGAACGGGGUUGAACCCCCGUAAAGUCGGGGUUUUAUUGGUUUUGGUUCCGGUGAUUGGAGUUCUAUUUUACGCAUUUGCGAAGCGCCAGUGGCUCAAAUACUUGCGCCACCAAGCGGUUGAUGCCGCCGUCUUAUUCAUUGGGAAUGCUCAGGGGUUUGAUUCCGCGGCUUCGGCGUCGGUGGUUUUCAUCCAGGAGGUGGAGCUGGUCUCCAGGGGCUACCGGAUAAGUACACCCCUACCUCCGAUAAGUCGACUUGAGGAUCAGACUCACAUCCGGCGCUGCUUAAGACUUCGUCGAACAGUAUCCGAGUCCUUUUACUCUAUGCUCGAUCACUACAUACAAGCACAACACGCCUUGCAGCCGCUGACAGACAAUGCAAAUCUCGCCAAGUAUUAUGACAUCUAUGAUGUUUCCCAAGAAGAUUUAAUCCAAAUUGAGAAUGCGUACGCUGAAAGAGAAACCGAAGACCAAUAUUCUCUACGUGGACUUCGCACCCUUUUUGGCAGGCUGUAUCUCGUGAGGAAGAGCAUUCUCUGCUGCCUGCUGGCUCUCGGAGCGGACGGUGGCGUUUCCGAUAUUGCGAGGUGGAGCACUGCCGUUGAGCAGAUGCGAAACCUAGCCAUUCUAACAGGCGAAAACAUGCAAAAAAUGACGAGUAUUCUGAACGAAGAAGAUCGCGUAGAGGAGGCCAUCCCACCGUCCCCUCUUCCAACCGCGUCUCCAGGCAAAGAGCGACUUCGUGCCCAGUACCGAAAGUUGAACUCACUAUCCCAAGGUAUUCGGACCUUACAUGCAAAAAUGCAUGUCAUAAAGGAAAUGUCUAGUGCCGAUAUGGAUCGCAGUGAUACCAGAGAGAUGGAAUCAACCCUCGUUGCUCAAUACGAAUCAAUCGGAGCUGACAUCAGGGGCUUACUUCAGGAAUGGGAGGCUGGCAAAUCUACCCUCUUGAAUAGCUUUGACAGAGAGUCUCAUGCAUUACGCUCGCGCCCACCUAGUGGAUUAUCUCCAGUAUCCCCCACUCCUAGCCUUGGGGGUACUACUGCGGUAGAAGGCAGUCCCGCUGAUGCGCUGAGAGCCCUGAACGGCGACAGCAGACCGGUAUCGGGUAUUAUCCAGAACCUUGAUGAUGUUGAAGAAGUUUUGGAAGCCGUGGCCCUUCCUUCACGUACUAAGCGGGUAUCUUUGACUCGAGAGGAACGUAUUGCGCGCGUGAAAGAAGACCGUGCUCGACAAGCCGCUGCACGAGAGCUGUUGGAAGCUCGUCUAGAACAAGCCAGUCUCCUCAAGCGUGUGGUCGACGCCAUCAAAGACCUCGUGCAGUACUGCAACUUCGAUUGCAAUGACUCCGGAAUCGCUCUUCAGGCCAUGGACAACUCCCAUGUUGCCCUUGUGUCCAUGCUGCUGAAGGCUGAGGGCUUCUCUCCUUACCGCUGUGACCGCAAUAUUGCUCUUGGUAUCGAUUUGGUCUCCCUGACCAAGGUCCUCCGAGCUGCUCAAAACGAAGACAUCCUGACCCUGAAGGCCGCUGAUGCUCCCGAUGUCGUUAACCUGAUGUUCGAAAGCGCUGAGACUGACAGGCUGAGCGAAUACGACCUCAAGCUCAUGGACAUUGAUCAAGAACACCUGGCUAUCCCAGACACAGAAUAUGCCGCCACAGUGGAGAUGCCUUCUGGGGAAUUCCAACGGAUUUGCAGAGAUCUCAAUGCUCUUUCCGAGUCGGUGGUGAUCGAGGCUACUAAAGAGGGCGUCAAGUUCUCUUGUGCGGGCGAUAUUGGCAGUGGUUCGGUUACCAUUCGCCAGCAUACUAGCGUUGACAAGCCCGACCAGAAUGUUACUAUCUCCCUUAGCGAGCCUGUUGCUCUCACAUUUUCCCUGAAAUACCUUGUCAACUUCUGCAAGGCCACUAGCCUUUCGGGCAAGGUGACUCUCUGUCUGUCCCAGGAGGUUCCCUUGCUUGUUGAGUAUGGCCUGGGCAGCGGCCAUCUGCGAUUCUAUCUUGCUCCUAAGAUUGGCGAUGAUGAGUAA